GUGGGUCAUUUUUUGCACCAUCAUUGUAAUAUUAUUAAAUCAUACUGAUCUCAGAUUUAGUUCUUGCUCGCAGUAAGUUUAAUGUUGUUUUCCUUAUUGCUAGACUACUAUUAACAGCUGAAGAUUGCACAAUAUGUGAUUGGCCUUUUGUGUGAGAUAAAUAAGUGGAAUUCAGCAUGUUGGGUCUCAGUCAGACCAUAUUAUAUUGACGAAACCAUGUUAUUUUGUCUUAUGCCUACUUUUUCAUUAUCUUGAAUCCUGUUUUAUCUGGGAGAAGGAGAAGUAGAUAUUUGUGAUAGAUGUCUGACAGUUACGAUUCUCAUAUGGGUAUCCUAAGCCAAUGAAUUACAAUGCUUUGACAUUUUUAGUAGAGACUUUAGAUUUCUGGCUCUUCUGCAGUGCUACCAUGUGUUCAAAUAUAAAUCAUUACAUUGAUCAAGUUUGAGCUGGGAUAUUGCAUAAAUUCACUUCAUCAUUAAACAAACUGUUCUGAAAUUAAUAUAAUAAAGUACAUGUCCUCAUAAGUUCAUUCCAUUGGGCAAAAAUUCUGUAGUGGUAUCUGAAAACAUAUUUAGAGGCCCCCGCCUUGUAACUGCUUGCAAACCAAUACAAAAGGAAAUCCUUGAACACCUCAUGUACUCUGUGGUUGCCAUUUGACAGUUGUAUGCUUAAGGAUUUAUUUUUUCCAAUCUCUUGUUUUCAAUUUUUUAAAUACUGUUAGAGAAAUGUGUAACUAGUUUCAGCUGAUUCCCUCAGAACAAAUUUCUUCACAGUUUGCAAUAAUUUCAAAUUGUCUGAAAUGUCAUGCGUUUUCAUCCUGUUAAGCUCUUUAUUGCAUAUAAUCUGAUUGUAAUUGUUCGGUGAUGAUUAUCGUUGUUGUCUAUGUGGUUUCUGAGCUGCUGGAGAUACUUUGGUACAUGCACAGUGAUCGAGCUGGUUGUUGAAAUGCAGGAUGGGCAUAGACAGGAAGGAUGUCAGAGUUGUUUGCCACUUUAAUAUCCCCAAGUCAAUGGAAUCCUUCUAUCAAGAGUCUGGUAGAGCUGGUCGUGAUCAACUUCCCUCCCAGAGUCUACUGUAUUAUGGAGUGGAUGAUCGCAGAAGAAUGGAAUUUAUUUUGGGUAACACUGAGAGCAAGAAGUUACAGUUCUCAAGCUUGCAAGAGGGGCCCUCCAAGAAGUCACUGGCUGAUUUCCACCAGAUGGUUGAAUAUUGCGAGGAAUCUGGUUGUCGUAGGAAAAAGAUCCUUGAGAGUUUUGGGGAGCAGCAGGUAACUUCGUCAUUAUGUGCGAAAUCUUGUGAUGCAUGCAAACACCCUAAAUUAGUUUCCAAGCAUUUGGAGGACCUUACAACUGUUUGCGCAAGUCGACCCAGAUAUGGAUCCUCUUGGAUAUCAAUGAGCAGUGCUUCAGAUGUCAAUGGUGAAGAACAAUUCUCGGAAUUCUGGAAUCGUGAUGAUGAAGCUAGUGGAAGUGAGGAAGAUAUAUCUGAUUCUGAUGAUGCUGUAGAAGUUGCAAAGAGCUUAGCACAGUCCGGUAAAUCAUUAGAAUCUAGACUAGAUGACAGGAUUGAGUUGUUGCAGUGUGCAGAAGAGAACUAUUACAGGAUUAAAAGUCCAGACAAGCAGGUUAAUAAGGUUGACAAAAAAGCCAUAUCUGAAACAUUACGGGAGUCGGGCGAGCAAAGAUUAUUAAAUGCACUGAAGCAGGACGAACAUCGUUUCAACAACUUAAAGAUUGACUUUGUGACAUCUGCUUCUAAACUUGAAAACGACUGCUAUAAGAAAUACGGCAAGGCUGGGAAGGGGUUUUAUCUAUCACAGAUGGCAAGUACAGUGAGGUGGUUGUCAACGGCAAGCCCUGAUGAUUUGACAUCUAGACUUGGGACCGGGGCUUGUACUACAUUGGAGGAUAAAAGUCCGAGACCAAAUACUUUGCCAUCACCCUCUGAGAUAAAACCAGCAUUAACACAACUCGCUGAUGAAAAAAUCGAUGGCAGCAAUGGAUCUGAUGCCCCAUUGCUUUCUCAAGAAACAGAGCUUCCACCAAUUCCUUCUUUCUCAGAGUUCAUUAACAAAAGAAAUGCAGAGGAAAAGAAAUCGACUCUUUCUAAAAGGCAGUCGAUGGAAGGAAUUCACACGGGUAUCAAGAAGAAAACAAAAUAUCAGUAAUGUUGAAUGUGGCUCUGGCUUUUUGGGCCUCUUGGUUAUUACCUGCACCAGAUUAUAGUCUUGUGCGUAUGGAUGCCCUUGCCAUUUGUUUUCUUAUUACCAUAUUGGAAAAAGGAUAUAUGCUUUACUACAUCCUUGAGUUUCAGAACUCAAAACCUCUUUCAAGUUUUUAAGCUUUUUAGUAGUAGUUUUCUGUGAUUUUCCGACCCGCCAUCUUCACUUCCAAUUUCAUUCUCAUUUUAAUGUUAAUGGCUGAUUGUUAGUAAGUAGGGCUAAUUAUUGACUUGAAUAGUUUAAUUUGGUCAUUUUAGCAAAUGGUUAGCUAAUUUGGUUUGUAAGUAGGUUUAAUGUAUUGUUAAAGGCUCGCUUUAUUUUGAAGCUAGUUUUAUAAUUUAUCCCACGUUAAAACUUUAAA